AUGGAGAUACAGCAAGCAUAUGAGAUUCUUUCUGAUCCGUACAAGAAGGAGCAGUAUGACAAAUCUGGUACCGUAUCCGAUCCUAUUAACGAGGACGACAGUUUUCAUAGCUUCCAAGAUUUUUUUGGCAGUCCAUUCUUUUCAACGAACACAUUUUUCUCUAAACAUCGUAUUACUAUGCAAAUUUUCCUGCAUAGUUUGCAAGAGAAAAGCUUUUCGCAGCCCAUUUUAAUUUUUGCGUAUUCGGGUUGGUGCAGUUUGUGCUUCCGUUUAGAGCCUAUUUGGAAAAGUGCUGUUGAAGACUUGGAACCUUUAGGUUAUGCUAUUGGCACAGUGAACGCAAUGACAGAUGCAAACUUAUUGGAGAGAAUGCGGGUGACACGGGUUCCAUCAAUUCUUGUAUUUGUUGAAGGACGUGCUAUACAUUACAGAGAUCCUUUGAUUAGUAUGCGCACUUUUAUUUCUCUUCGUAUUUUUGCUCGUGAUGUUCUUCCUAGCAGCUUUUUAACUCGUAUCAGAGAUCAUAAUGGACUAAAACGCUUUAUAGAUCAAUGGGAAAGCACAAAUAAAAUCUCGGUGCUGAUAGUGAGCAAUAAAGAAGAUCCACGAAUGCGAUAUAUGCUAGCUGCUAUGAAAUUUGCAAAUUUUGCUCGUUUUGCUUACGUUUAUUUAGAUUUCACUAGUGAAACGAUAAGAAAAAUGCGUGAAGCUUUAGAUAUUGAUUGUCGUGACUGUGAGAACGUGUUUAUUUUCAACGAUUUUCCAGAGGUAUUUGGCUUUUUAUUUACUCAAAUAUCUAUGGAAUCACUUUCAUCGUUUAUCGAAAACAAUUUGCAUCUUGUGCUGCCGAGACUCGCAUCACAGGCUCAUCUUGAUGACCUUUGUCCUAUAUCACCUCGAGGAUCUCGCAAGUUAUGUGCUAUCUUGGCUGUAGAUUCCAGCGAUUUAAAACAUAUUUCUCUGUUGCGUAGCUUUGUGUCCAGUCAACAGUCUAAUGUUAAUGGUGCUAAUGGGGAGCAGAUUCGCUAUACCUAUAUUUUCCUGGGCAAGCAGCGAGACUUUAUUGAGCCGUUCUUGAAAGUAUUAAAGAAAAAGGGCUUGAAUUUUGAAACCCGAGAUUUUAUUGUUUUGUGGAGAAUUGAAUACGACCGGGCUCGCUUUGUUUGGUUGAGAGAAAUAUGGGAUUCUAAUGAAUCGACUUUCAUCGAAAGUUUUGUUUUUCUCAAACAGAAGAUGGAUGAGAUUACGACUGGUACAGUAAAACUGGACCCUUCUUGGUUUACUCGGUUAGCGCGUUCCGCAGUCCGUCUAGGUCAAACAGCUUGGUUUCAUUUGACCAAAGAAGAGGCACUUCCUGUAUUGAGUGCAGUGGGAACGUUCCUAAUUAUACUUUUAUUUGGCUAUGGACUAAGUUUUACCAGCAGAAAUGAGGAACGACGAAAGUAUAGUCGGGUUCGUUUAAAAGAGGAUGACCAGUGGCAUCGUGACGGUCAGUUGCAUCAGACUCCAUCUAGCCGUUCUAUGGAAUCUUUGAUUCAUGAACUGCGUGCAGAAACUUAUUUUGGUUUGGUGAAGCUAUUGAAACCUGGUUGCCGCUCAAUCAUUGUGCUUGUUGAUGAGAAGUCGAAAAAUAUUUUGUUACCUCAAUUUGCUUGUCAUAUUUGGCCUUAUAGGAAUGCAAAAACUUUUUCUUUUGGUUACUUAAUGGUGGAGAAAAACUUGCCUUGGUUCCAGAAGUUACUGGAAUUUAUCAUACCGGGACCUGAUGAUUCGGAAUCUUCAGAACAAAGCGGAAAAAACAUUAAUCCGUCGCAGACCGUUGGGACAGUUCUUGUUUUGUGCGGUUGGAAGCUAUAUUUUAGCAUUUAUCAUCCUAUGUUUUCUUCGCCAUCAAGGAAAAAUUUCCUUGAUUCAGAUGAUCCUGAUGUGUCUGAAGAGGUUCAAAUACGUCGGUGUUAUAAGCCGAGGGUUGAAGAUGUGUUGAAUGGUCUACCUAACUGGUUGGAUCGUUUGUUUGAAGGCUCUAUAGGACGAUAUUAUAUUCCUGAGUGGCCUGACAAUUUAAGAUAA